GUUCAUUGCUCAACACAUCCCUGGAACACUCAAACAUCAGCUGUCACACCAUCAGAAAACACACCGCUAGGCAUUGAGGAACCUUUGCCAUCAAGAAACCACCCGGACACCCUUCCAAAAUGGCGGACAACUCUCCCUCAGCCAACCCGCUGUCGGCAGCAAGUCUAUCACACUACAUGCUCGCCUCUCUCUCACCCACCGCAUCCCCCCAACUGAAAAAUGCAUGGGACGCCCUCGCUCUAGGCGCACAUGCCAGUCUACUAUCCGUCGGCUUCAGACUCAUCGGCCUUGGCGAAGACCAUCGCAUCGAAGCCACCUCGGACGCCACGCAACCCCAGCCGCUUCCCACCGAAUGGAAUGCCGGUAAUGGCAGCUACAGCUUCCGAUACGCCCACAGCCAAAGCAGUAUGGAGUUUCUUCUCAAGAUCAACCGGAUGGCGAACAAGGCUAUUAUCAUGGGGAUGGGGAUUGGUGACGAUCGGACUUGCAGCUUUGACGUUACGACUCGAGAUUAUAUUUCGGAUGGUAAUUUGCCGGCCACACCACUUGCGGAUGGAAGGAGUGAGGAUGAAGCGAAGAAAGCAAUCACGGAUGUGUUCAUCUCCGCCGGCCGGCUGAGCGACUUUGGCAGUUCGAUGAGACUCAACGUCAUCCAGAAAUUGAUUCCCGGGCUGCACAAAGCGGGCUACGAGGAGACACGAGAAGGCCAGUCAUCUUCUCAACAGCAACGACGACAACAACGAGACCCGCCUCCAGAAUUCGACGCUCCUCGACACAACCCACUACGAGAAGACCGAGACCCCCCGGCACGCCCACACCCGCUCCACGAUCCCCUCGCCAUCCCCCCGAGACGACCAAUGCCAGAACCCAUGCCCGGCUUCGAGGACGAGUACGAAACCCUGCGUCCUCCGCGACGCGGCAUGAUGCCAGGCCAAGGCAUGCCUCGUCUCGGCGAUCGCGACCUGUACCCUCAAGGCUUGGGGCCGCGAGAUCCUUUGUAUGGAGGGGUGGGGCCUGGUUUCGGUGGGGUGGGCGGGGGAGGCAUGCAUCCUACUUUUGAUGAUCCGUUGUUUGCUCGCCAGGGGCAGAGGGGAGAUGAGUAUGAUCCGCAAGCUCCGCCUGGGUCGAGAUAUGAUCCUGUGGGGCCGGGUAUGGGGCAUCCGAGAGGGGCGGGCAUGGGUGGACGGCCGCCGAAUCCUUUUGGAGGCUUUGGAGAUGGAGACUUUAUCUGAGUGACAAGCAAGAACUCUGAGAGUAUGGCUGCAGACGUUCGAAACCAGACUCGAUAGCGCACAGAAUGCAUGCAUCC